GCGCGUAUGAGAUAUAGCUCAAAUAAGCCACAGGUGACGUGCAGAGGAGGGGGCGGCAGGUCUUGGACAAGUGGCGCGCGGCAAGAAUCAGGGGCAGGCACAGAACUUCAUACAGAACCUGGCAAAUCCAUAUCACACAAAAUCGUGUCUCGCCUUCACUGACGAAUUUGGAGUCUAACGAAUUCUGAGCAGUAUCUGUGUGGGCAGAACCAGAGAGGCAGACAGAGAGCAACCAUGCUUCUUGCGGGAUGGAUACUGGGACAUCUCUGUUGGAUGUCUCUGCAGUGGGAAAGUGCAUUUGGAAAGGUUCUGGAGGAGACCUACCGGAAGUGGCUCCAGUAUAAGGACGACUGCUUGAGACAGAUCCAGCAGGACCCACACCCAGCUGGCCUCUUCUGUAAUAGGUCCUUUGAUUUGUAUGCCUGCUGGCCUGAUGCGCUGCCUGGAACGUUGGUGAAUGUUUCAUGUCCCUCCUACCUGCCCUGGGUACACACAGUUCAGCAUGGUGUGGUACGCAGGCACUGUAGUCUGGAUGGACAUUGGGUGAGAGACUCAGAGGGCCAUCUGUGGAGAGACAUGUCCGAGUGUGAGGAAGAACAGAGCACAUACAUCCAAGAGCUGUGGCUAAAGCAGGUGAUGUUGAGUUUCCAGAUCCUGUACACAGUGGGCUACACCCUCAGCCUCCUCUCUCUUCUCUCAGCUCUGAUCAUCCUACUCACUAUCAGGAAGCUGCACUGCAUGCGUAACUACAUCCACGCAAACCUCUUUGUGUCGUUCAUCCUGCGGGCUGUGGCCGUGCUGCUGAAAGACUCUCUGCUGGACCAACACUGGAGUCGCCAGAUCACCACACAUGCCGACAUAGGAGACAUGCUGAGUCACAGGGCUGCUAUAGGCUGUCGGAUAGCGCAGGCUCUGAUGCAGUACUUCGUGCUGGCCAAUCACUACUGGUUCUUUGGGGAGGCACUUUACCUGCAUUCAGUCCUAAUCGCCUCAGUUUUUAUGGACAACAACAACUGCCUGCCAUACGGCCUCCUUGGGUGGGGCACCCCCCUGAUGUUUGUCAUUCCAUGGAUGCUGAUGAAACUGCUUAAGGAAAAUAAAGAGUGUUGGGCAAUCAAUGAGAACAUGAACUACUGGUGGAUCAUCAGAGUUCCUAUCCUGUUUGCUUCUCUGGUGAACUUUAUGAUAUUUAUGAAAAUCCUGAAAGUGAUUCUGUCCAAGUUACGAGCUGACAACCAACAUCGUUACCCUGACUACAAACUCAGAUUGGCGAAGUCCACACUGACCCUCAUCCCGCUCUUCGGGGUCCACGAGUUGGUCUUCAUCUUCGCCACGGAUGAGCAGACGAGCGGCGUGCUGCGCCUCAUCAAAGUGUUCGUCACUCUCUUCCUCAACUCCUUUCAGGGACUCCUGGUCGCUGUACUCUACUGCUACUCAAACAAAGAGGUAAAGGCAGAGCUCCAGAAGUGUUUGGGAAGAUGGCGACGGAGGGUGGAGGUGCUGUGCUGUGACCAGUAAACCAGUGCACAUAUGCAGGAAACCACUACCUUUAACUGAUGCAGUACCAACCAUCUUGUUUGUUGAUGUACCCUAGCAACGUUCAGUCAUGUCAUUUCGAGUGGUGCAGUUUUCUUAGAACUUAGUUUCCUGUUUAUUGUGUUGACUGGUGUUUACUGGCAGUCUAUGGGAAAUGAUAUCAGGUUUUGUUCGUUUGUUGGUAACUUGGUCCAAGUCAACAUGGUGCGUUGUGUGUGUGCGCAUGCCCAUAUUUAACUAUAAGCUAUAUUUUUAACUGUUUAUCUUUUAUGUCGGUUACAUUAUGUAUUUCUCAUUAUAUAUUUUUUAUUUUUGUAAAAUGACACGGUGAAGACACAGUUAAGACUUCUGUUAAAUACAGGAGCAAAUAAAGGUAUUACAAAAUUAGAGUUGAGUUUUUGACCAUGACGUUUUUAGGUAAAAAAAAAAAAACAUGUACUUGUACUAUGGACCAUCACGUUAGGGAUAUUGCAUUUGAGAAACCUUUGUGGAUUAACUUUAAAUUAAACCAAUUCAAAUGAACCGUCAACAGCUGUCAGACAGCCAAGUAUCUGCAUUCAGUGGAUGAAGGUUGCAUGGAAGUGUGCAGGUUCAGGAUACAAAAUGUGAAGCACAGACGUCUCAAACAGGAUGUUCUUCUGUUUCUUAUUUUUAGAAUGUCUUUUAUGAAAAAAAACAAUGAAUAAAAGAAAGGUGGUUAAAUGACUUUCCAUUUUCAAAUCAGAAUGAGAUGGGCUAGGAGAGUAGUCUGUCAGAUAUCCCAAAGGCAAGUUAACCGUAUGGAUGCAGACAUUGAAGAGGUGAAUUCUACAGAGUGCUGAAAGGAAAGGUGAAACCGCACAAUAUAAAGAGAAAAGCUUUUGAAAAGAUAAGUAAGUGAGUCUUCUCAUUGCCAACACCUUUAGCCGAUGCAGUAACAACCAUCAUGUGUUGUUGUACCGUAGCAACGUUCAGUCAUGUCAUUUCAAGUGAUGCAGUUUUUUUUAGUAACUUAGUUUUUUGUUUAUUGUGUUGACUGGUGCAAAAUAUGU